AUGUAUUCACGAUAUGUCCCUGCGCCGAAAGGCGAGACACCGGGGCAGCCCUCGCCUCAGCCCUCGCGAGUAGUUCCAACAUCUCACCAGACCGAGCCUGCGCGUCUGGGAUCCUACAGUCGCUACAUUCCCCCAGCGAGGCCCGCAGCAGAGCCCAAAAAGCAAUUCCACUUUGAGCAGGAAGCUACAGAUACCCUCGUGUCGGAACAACCGCCCACAAAACGUGCCAAGGUCGAGCCUCCAUUGAGACCCGUCCCCGAGCAAAUCAUUGAGCCCAUUGCUGAGCUCUCGGAAAAGACCGACAGAAAGCAAAAGAAGACAAAAAAGGACAGGAGAAGCAAGCGGUCACCUAGCCCAGAGCAAGUCACUGCGUCACCCGCACCGUCAGCAAACAUUCCUGUCGUGGACGCCGAGAUUGAUCCAACCGAGUCGACAAUCAGUACUGAGCGGAAGAAAGAGAAGAAGAAGAAAAAGAAGGCCCAAGAUCCUACGCCCAAGGACGAUCAAGAUGCCGCUUCUGAAGAUGACGAGACGCACAGACGGCAUAAAUCAGUGUUUGAGAAGAAAAGAAAAUCGAUGAAGGCUCCCGAGACUGUGGCCGCUCAGGUAGAUGGUUUGGCCGGCGAAGAUAUUCCAAUGGAAGAUGCGCCGGAACCCGUCGAGGCCCAUGGCUUAGAGCCAUUGCCGCAACCUGCCCCCGUCCCCGAGGAUACCUCACCACCAGACUUUGAAACUCUCCCUCCAUGGUUGGCUGAGCCGAUCCGGGUCUCGCGCCAAGCUCAAGCGCCUUUCACCGACUUUGGACUCUCUCCUGAUCUGGGCAUCAGUCCGGAUCUGGCGGCUCGCCUAGCCCAGAAAGGUUACAAGGAAGCAUUUGCAAUCCAGACCGCCGUAAUACCACAACUUCUGCCUCAUCAUUGCAGGACAAUGCAAAGCGACAUACUAGUCUCCGCUGCCACUGGUUCCGGAAAAACACUAUCAUAUGCUGUCCCAGUGGUUCGCGACCUGAGCCACGGCCACCGACAUGUAACCAGGUUGCGAGCACUCAUUGUGCUGCCUACCAGAGAAUUGGUCAGGCAAGCGCAAAAGGUCUGCGAGGAAUGUGCUGGUAUAUUUUCCUUGGAUGGCAAGAAGCGCAGGGUCAAGGUUGGAACUGCAACGGGAUAUCAAACUAUCCAAGAAGAACGCAGAGUGUUACUCGAGAGAGAAGACCGGUACGAUCCCGAGGCAUACCAGGCCAAGAAGAAGAGACUCAGUUCGCAGACGUGGAGCAGUCACGAUGAUGUGGAUGAGAAGGACGAAGAACUGAUCGAAAUCCGCCGGCGUGAAGACGAGAAAGAAACCUUGCCAGAUUAUGUCGUUGACUACAAGUCCAAAGUUGACAUACUAAUUUGCACGCCCGGUAGGCUGGUGGAGCACAUCAAAUACACUCCGGGAUUCAGCCUCGACUAUGUUCGAUGGCUGAUUGCAGAUGAGGCCGACAAGCUUUUGGGCCAGGGUUUCCAGCAGUGGCUUGACAUUGUGAUACCCAAGCUGCACGACGAUAACUUGAAAGCACGUCAUCACAAGCAAUCACAUCUCACUGGUAUACGGAAGGUCAUCUUGAGUGCGACAAUGACCCGCGACCUCGAUCUCCUUGAAGGCCUCCGCUUGCGGCGACCAAAGUUGGUCGUUCUUGAGGGCUCGGGAGCAGGAGUAGAAUAUGCGCUGCCCGAAAAGCUCCAGGAGUCGGCGCUCAAAGCCGAUGCCACGCUCAAACCACUCUUCUUGCUCGAUCUUUUGCAAAGUUCUUACCUUUGCAACGAGAGGAUUCCGAAUGAACAGUCAGAAGACACAUCUUCGUCAGAAUCGGAAUCAUCAGGAUCUGAUUCAGAUUCAGACUCUGAUUCGGAUUCCGACUCCGACGCUGAAAAGAAGACCACAAACGCGCCUACAAGACAAACCACCCAACAAGAGCUUCCGCGGAGUACUCUCAUCUUCACGAAAUCCAACCAGGCCGCGCUGCGUCUAUCACGACUUCUUGGGAUUCUGUCACCCCAAUUGGGUGAGGUCACUGGGCUGCUCACCUCGGAAACAGCAUACUCGACCAGGAAACAGACCCUGCAGGCAUUUACGAACGGCAAGAUCCGUAUCAUUGUUGCCUCGGAUCUUGUUGCUCGUGGUAUCGAUUUUGAGCACUUGGAAAAUGUCGUCAAUUAUGAUAUUCCCUCCAGUCUCGCUUCCUACGUGCACCGUGUUGGACGUACGGCCCGUGCUGGUAGAAGUGGCCAUGCCUGGACAUUGUUCACUGAUGCCGAAGCUCGCUGGUUCUGGAAAGAGGUUGCAAGUGAAAAGACGGUGCAGCGAAGUGGAAAGGUUGAGCGGAUUCGUGUCACGGAGGAGAAGGAGGCUGAGUUUGAGGUCAAGAAGGAGAGAUAUGAAAAAGCACUUCAAACACUCGGUGAGGAGGUCAUGGACAAGAGACGAGGACGCUAG